AUCAUAACAGUAACAGAACCAUGAACAGAACACAACACACACGUGCUAUUUGAACGGAGAUGGGUAAAGCAAAAAAAGGGAAACUGAGAAAAGGAGCAGGUGAUUCUGUCCAUCAAAAUGUCUCCUUGUCGGAACAAAUUCUUGAAAAUAAGUCAGUCAGAGAAACUCAAAGGAAUAAGACACGACAGCGUCAAGAUGAUGAAGAAAUGUUUGUGGAUGAGAAGCUGUCACGCAAAAUUCUUGAUCAGGCAAGGUUACAACAGGAGGAGUUACAAGUUGACUAUGGAGUAACCACAUCAAGGAAAAAGACAACAAGUUUAGGAGCAUCAACAGUCUCUGAUGAAGAGGAUGAGGUGGACGAAGAUGACGAAGAUGGAGUAUAUUAUGAAGAUGUUGUUGAGAUAAAUGAGGAUGAUGAGAAAGCUCUGGAAAAAUUUAUGAACAAGUCAACACCGGCAGCAAGGACACUAGCGGAUAUAAUCAUGGAAAAACUUACAGAAAAAAAGACAGAAGUAGCAUCACAAAUGUCAGAUAUGAGUACUCAAGUUGUUGACAUGGAUCCUAGGCUUACUGGAGUGUACAAAGGUGUCGGGCAGAUUCUUAGUAGGUACCGCAGUGGUAAGCUACCGAAAGCAUUCAAGAUUGUUCCAAGUUUACAGGCAUGGGAACAGGUUUUGUAUUUGACUGAACCUGAGAAAUGGACAGCUGCUGCUAUGUACCAAGCUACUAGAAUAUUUGCCAGUAAUUUAAAUGCAAAGAUGGCACAAAGGUUUUUUAACUUGGUGCUGCUUCCACGUGUUCGAGAUGAUAUUGCAGAGUACAAGAGAUUAAAUUUUCAUCUUUACAUGGCUUUGAAGAAAUCUCUGUUUAAGCCUGCUGCAUUUUUCAAAGGAAUUCUUUUACCAUUGUGUGAGGUAAGGACCAUGUUGGUAGCAUUGUUGCUGUCUAAAAAAGUGUUGUGCUCAAGUGCUGCUUUGCUCAAGAUUUCUGAAAUGGACUACACCGGUGCCAACAGUAUAUUUCUCAAGUUGUUAUUAGAUAAGAAGUAUGCUUUACCAUACCGGGUCAUUGAUGCCGUUGUUUACCAUUUUAUAAGGUUUGUUAGCGAUAAAAGGGAGUUACCAGUCUUGUGGCAUCAGAGUUUAUUAACCUUUGUGCAGCGUUAUAAAGAGGAUAUAUCAAACGAACAGAAAGAGGCACUGAUGGACCUACUUAGGGCACACACUCAUGAAAGCAUCACCCCUGAAGUCAGGAGAGAGUUACUUCACUCAAAAUGUCGAGAUGCGGAACAGAUGAUUACAGACACAUAGUUCAAACCCUAUUUCUCCCAAAAAUCGCAGAUGAAAUGUGUUAUCAAUAUGCUAUAAAUUGUAAUAGCCAUUUGUAGACUAAUCCAAAUUCCACACUUUUGGAUGUACAUGAUUUUAAUGGCUUUUUAUUUGAAACAAGAUGCUUGAUGAUAUUUUUUAUAAUAUGCACAGUACUGGUGUGACACUGGAUGCUGGAUGCCAUUUUACUAGUUAGCAGUAUAGUUUUCUUAUAAAUAAUAUUUAAGCAUAGUCGUCAGUGUGCAUAAAUAAUUAUCAAUAUUCCAUACGUUGAAAUUUACACUCACUGUUAUGGGCAAUAUAAUAUUUGUGCCCUUUUCUAUAGCAAAGCUAUAUAAAUUGUUAUUAUUGUAAUCUCCUUCUGAAUGACUUUAAUUAGUUCAGGCACCAGUUUUGUUUGAGGCUAUCAAUCAAACACCUGGUAAUUAUGAUUAACAGCUGUGUCGCAAGUCUUAAUAACCAUUAUAUAUGGUUGAAGAUCAAUAGGCUGGUUGUAUAAUAUCCAACACAUAAUUCCACAGUGAGACCUGCAGUGACCAGAUAUGAUUCAAUUAUUUCAAUCAAUUUUAAGAUAUUUGUGUGUAAUAUAAGAAACCAAUGCAUUUGAUUUUCAAAAAUUGAAGUUAUAUGAGCAUGUAUUCUCUAAAAUGAAUGUUCCAAAUGCUUGACCAAUUAUUAAUCAUUUCUGGCACUAUAAUAGCAUGUGAUAUCCAUUCAUUACUUAGCAAUUCUACCCAUGCCGGUCGCUAGUGCUGAGUGCCUCCUACGGCUAAACUAGUCUCCAAAGCUUUUUCAACUGAUGAAAGUUUUUAAUCUGAAAUUAUUAUUAUUAUUAUUAGACCCUGUCCAGACUCUCAAAUUUUAUUGGAUAAGAACAUGUGACAUGCCUAAAUAUGGUCAUGAUGACAUCACAUAACCAUGUAUAGUCACAUCAUGACUAUAUAUGGGCAUAAAAAAGUUUUUUGUCAAAGAAAAUUUGAUAAUCUGGACAGAGCUUGAGACAUCAGUUUAAAAAGCUGUGGCUUGGCUUUUGUUGCUUGACUGCGUGGUACAUGACAGGAUUAUUUUAAUUUUAACAUAACCUGUAUAUAUUGCAUGGUUAAAGUCAUUAAAGAAAAUACUGUGAAGAGUCUUUUCUUUCAUUUUGUUUAUUUAUUUGACCAUUAAAAAAAUCAUUGUCAA